AUGACUGUCACAUUACUGAGAAUACUGGGGUCCCUGGUCUGCAUCCUGGCCACCAAUGCUGAUGUCAUGCCUCAGAAGGAUUUCAGUCUGCAAGCGAUUUCAGGGAAGUGGUAUUUGAUUGGCUUUGCCACCAAUGCCCAGUGGUUUAGAAAGGCUGACAUGAAGAUGGGGACCGCCCUCUUGAUGCCAACCACAGAGGGUGACCUUGACAUCUUCUACUCAAGCCUGAAAUCUGAUGGCUCCUGCUGGAAGAUGACUGACUUGGCAAAGAGAACUGACAUCCCUGGGAAAUUCACCAUUCACAGCCAACGCCGGGGUAAGGACAAUGACAUGCGAGUGGUGGAUGUGAAAUACGAUGAAUAUGCCCUGGUCCACAUUAUCAAUACCAAGGCAGGGGUAUCCACUGUGCUGAACAAGCUGUACGCUAGGAGAAAACAUCUCAGCCCGGAGGCGCUGCAGAAGUUCACACAGUUCUCCGUGGAGACUGGAAUCCUGCCGGAGAACAUUGCCAUCCUUCCGAAAAAUGAUGAAUGCCCUGUUGCCUGAAAGGAAAGCAGCUGCCCCAUCCACUCCCAAGUGGUUUACAUUCUUCACUUUGAAUCUUACUCGCUGCAUGGCUUUGACUGGAGACUUCAGUGCAUUACACCUGUCCUCAUAGUGACCUGCCGCUAUACUACUGGCCAGACAACUCGAUCCACAAGCUCGCAGGAAGCACCAUCACUAUCAUUUUCCCCCAACUGUAUCACCAAUAAAGCCUAUUUAACUUUC